AUGGCUAGGUUCAAAAUCUUGCACUUCACCAUUUUUCUUGGCAUGAUCUCAAAUUUAGUGGAAUCCCAACAAGCAACACAUUCAAGAAAGCUUCUUGAUGAAACCCCUCCCGAGUUGGAGAACAAAUGCCGUGGCUGCCCUUGCAACAACCCUUGCAACCCGCCACCGUCUCCUCCUCCACCUCCACCCAAGAAGCAGCCGCCACCGAGCAACUACUGCCCGCCUCCUCCUAGCGGCGGCGGCCAGAACCCACCUUACAUAUACAUAAACGGUCCACCCGGGAACCUGUACCCGGUCGACCCGUACUACUCCGGUUCGGCUCGGAGCAUCUCCUCCGGUUUGAUGCCAUUCUUAAUAAGCGCCGUUACAGGGCUGCUAGCUUUCUCGUGA